AUGCUGGCGAUAUCUUCUGCUCCACGGAUAGACGCGAAGAAGCGGGCGGUGGUCAAUUCAAAGCGACAGCAAUUCCAACAAGCGACAUUCGCGGACCAGGACUACGCGCAUCGCUGCAACUUCUACAUCAUCCCACCGACUUCAGACAUCACUCUCGAACAAUUCGAAGAAUGGGGAAUCGCACGUCUGAAGGUGCUCGCCGAGCUGGAGGCUUGCCAGUUCCGCAACAGAUCGCCGGUCGAGACGGAAGAGUACAUGAAGCCCAUUCUAGCCAAGCAUCUGCCACUUUCGACCAAUAGCUCAAAGAGCGGAGAAAUUGCUCUUGAACGUAAACGGGAUCACUACAGCCAUUGGACACUUCGAUUGGCCUUUUCAAGCACACAGGACCUGCGACAACGAUUCGCCCGACUAGAGGCGCAGCUUUUCAAGCUCCGGAUCAAGCAGGACGACUUACGCGAGAGGAAAGCUUUCAUAGACUCGCUGCCCAUGUCUUGGGAGACUGUUGGUGAAGAAGAAAAGAUGGCACUGAUGGACGACUUGAAAGCUGCGACCGGGGUGUUCAAGGAUGAUAUUGAGAUGAACUGGUUCAAGGUGGACUGGGAGAAUGUGCCAGAGCUGGUAGAAAGGCGACAGGUCUUGCUGAAGAAAGGCAAGGCGUACGUUCACGUACGAGAACAGAUGAACAUGGUUGCCAAUGAGUUCUCAAGGCAGCUAGAAUCAGGAUUGGAAUUGGCAGCUCGCUUUUUGCCGCGUAUGGACGAGGAUAAUCGACUGGCACCGAUACUACACCAUCUGUCGCAGUCAUUCGUGGCGCCAGAUGCUGCAUACACCGAAGCCUCCAGCAUCAGCGACAUGACCAGCAUCACGGCGGCAUCGAUCGACGCUCAAAGCAAGCACUUUCCAUUGUGCAUGCAAAAUCUGCAUCGCGAGUUGAGGAAGAACAGCCAUUUGAAGCAUUAUGGACGUCUGCAGUACACACUAUUCUUGAAGGGUAUUGGCCUGAGUCUAAAUGAGUGUAUCGUGUUCUGGCGAAAGAGCUUUACUAAGCUCUCAGAAGGUAAGCUUUGA